AUGUAUGGUGAUGGGUUAAAACUUCCUCACCAAGUAAUAGAUUCCUUGAACAAUGGUCAGAGUAGUGAUGAAAUUGCUGAGUUUCAAUGGCAGAGACUAAUCCGAGAGUUGUCAGACAAAGGGAAGCUCAGGAAUUGUAUUGCUGUGUGUGACAUUCCUGAAAGCAUGAGAGGGACAACCAACGAAACAGUCUGCAUUGCAAUGGGGUUAUUGAUUUCGGAACUGAGUGAAUAUCCAUGGAAAGGAAAGGUUUUCUCUUUCAGUGAUUUUCCCAAGCUUCAUAAGUUUGAAGGAGAGAAUCUUCGAUCGAAAUGUGAGUUCAUGAAGCAGCAUAUGGAAUCUGCAAAGAAACUGAAUUUCGGAGAGAUUUACGACGGAGUGUUGGAGAUUGCCAUCAAAGAAAAGCUAGGGCACCAUCAGAUUCCGCAGAGGAUUUUUGUGUUCACAGACAAGGAUUUUGACAUGGCAUUCAAAAACGAUUGGUUUGAUGAUUAUGCAAAGGCUCUUUAUGAUUACAAAAAUAGAGGGUAUUUGUUUCAUGUGCCAGACAUGGUAUUAUGGAAUCUUAAGGGUUCCAUUUCUAAGCCAAUGGCCAUUUAUAGCCUAGUGAAGGACCAGGAUGUGGGGAUGAUUAUUACCGGGUUUUCUAGCAAUCUGCUUAGGUUGUUCUUGAAUGCAGAGUCGGAUUCACGAUCUUGUGCACCCCAAUUUCAGGCACCUUAUGGUUUCAGUUACAGUUUCGCACCUAAAUUGAUUCCUAAACUAGAGGAUCUGUUCAAUUGUGCAGUUUCUAGAGGUGAAUUUAAGAACCUGCUUGUAUUUGAUUGA